AGCACCCCACCAUGUAUGAUGAGUUUGUGAAAAGGAAAGAUAUGAAGAGAGAGGGGUACUCCUCUGGCUCGGUGCACAAUUUUACUGCAAAUGGAGGGAAUGUCCGCUAUAAUGUCCCCCUCAUCACUGGAGCGGCAGCGGGAGGCGCAGCUGGAGGGACUGGGAACCCAGGCUCCGUGGGAGUGGUGGGAGCAAACCCUGGAGGAAGGGUGACAAAAUUUGACAAACACGAUCCACGUCAGGUGCUUAUUUCUGAGGCUAUAGCCAAGAUGAUAGUGCAGGAUCUACAGCCAGUGUCGAUGGUGGAAAAGAAGGAUUUCGAGCAUUGCUACAGCUCUUGGAGCCACGUUAUACUCCAGACUCACAACUUUACAUCCAAAGCCAGCUCCUUCCAGCUUAUGCCUAUCAAGCACAACUGGCAACGCGGCAGGCACUGAGCUCAGCCCACACCCUCAGUCUCAGCCUGGACAUCUGCUGGGACAAAGCUUUGAACUCAUCCGGGUAUUUUGGUAUCACCUGCCAUUUCCUCACAUGUGACUGGCAGAUGCGCUCUGCUCUGUUGGCUUGCCUUCCUUUGACUGACGUCAGUUCAUGUAGUCAAAUUCUCUCUGACUUUGAAGAAGUUUGUUUCUCCCACAGUGUUGCAGGAAGAGCAUUCCGAGUUGUUGCAGAUGCAAUCCCAUCAACAGAAAAGCCAUGUUGCCUCCCAGGUUUCCUAAUAUCACCCCUGCAGGGUAGCAAACAGGGGGAAGAGGGGGAAGUGAGACACAGUACCCAUAAUGGAGAAGACAGUAUUCCAAAUGGCCACAAUGAGGAAUUUGAAUGGGAAGAGUCACUGGAGCAGGGGCUUGGUGUAUGCCGUGUGGACUGCUUCUCUCGCUCCUUACAAAGAUGUGUUAAGGAGGGUUUACGCUCCUGUCCACAACUAUCGCCCACUCUGAGGAAGGCGUCCUCUUUCUAUCACUACAUUACCUCCGCAGUCCCAGCUGAGAAGCUCAACCAGGUGUUUGAUACUACAGCACUGACUUCAGGGAGCAUUCCCUCUGCACUCGACGACUGGGCAAUACAGCUCAAAGUGCUGCAUCGUCUCCUGGAUUCUGUGGAUUUCCUGGAGGAGCUGAGUGGUCCCAAUGAGCUGUCUUUGGGGACUUCAGAGCGGGUGCUCUUACGUGAACUCACAGAUGUCCUGGAACCUUUCACUGAAGCCUGGGAUAUGGUACAUGGAGCAAGGCAGACUGACCCUCUGACAGAUCGACAUGUGCCCAUUAGUUUAGCAAUGCCAUGUGUUUUAGGCCUGUGUAAGCAUCUAUCUGAGACCUCUGCCGUCCACUGUCCUGCUCUCUUGAUCGCUCUGAGGCAGGCAGUGGAACGGCUUCUGGCUCCUCUUCUCCAGGACCCCCUUUACAUCACUGCCACCACUCUGGACCCUCAGUUCAAACUCUCAUGGAGUAACAACCCGGACUGGCACAGACAGGUUGUCUUAGAGGAGUUAAACAAACACUCAAACACUCCUAACCCUACAGAUCCCACCACAGACCUACAGGCAGAGUAUCCCUCUCCUCCUGCCCCAGCCCUCUCUCCGGUCUCCCCUCUGUCCCGUCCAUGCAAGCUCUUCUCUUUUAUUAAGCAGAGACCAAUGACUCAAGCCAAAAGCCUUGAGCAGGAGCUGGCUGUAUAUCUCAGAGAGGAGCCCACAGAUGAGGAGGCUUUGCAUUACUGGAGACGUAAAGCUAUUGACUUCCCUCAACUGGCUCAGAUGGCUAAAAGAGUGUUCACUAUACCAGCCUGUGGCACUGUGGUGGAGACUAUAUUCAGUACAGUUGGAUGCUGUCAGAGAACCUGUGAUUUACCAAAGAACCUGGAAACUCUUAUCUACCUCAAAGCUAACUACAGGCUGUUAUGGACAUAGAUAAAUGCAUUUUAAAUGCAUCUUACUGGGAAAACAGAAAGCUUUAUUCCUGAUGUAAUAAUAAUUUUGUUGCUCAUUAUUUGCUCUUUUGUAUACUUGAGGGCUUUUCCAUAAUGCAUUGUCAGAAAAAAAACAUUUUACUAAUUUACAGUCUAGUAUUAGACAAUACACUAUUAAAUGUGUUCUAACUGGAAAGCACAUGUUACACUCAAAUUCAAGUUGCCAAAGUGGAUUUAUUUGAAGCUUUACAGAAAAGCUUUAUGGAUUUAUUUGAAGCUUUAUGGAAAAACCCUCUGAUAUGGACUCCAGGCCCAUUAACAUGCAUGGACCUUACUAGGAUAUAACCAUGAAGCUGCAGAGGGCCAAUGUUUUGAACUAUGAUUUACUUUAUCUGAAUUACAGGAACACAACCCCAUGUGCUGUCAUUCACUUCAUUAAUAAUAUUGCAAAAUGUAGCAUAUAGUUUUAUUUUACUGAUAAACACCUCUGCAAACAAUUUGUCUCUGUUUCAUAAUAAUGCCUGUCAGUGCACACAUUUUAUUUUUAUACUAUUGCCAACAAGUUGGUGUAUUUAUUGUAAUAAAUAGUGAAUGUGUUGUAGCAUAUCAUGUAUUUAUGUAAAUACACUUUAGACAUGCAGGCCCCCCAGAGAAUGUAGGUUCAAAACUAGGGAUGAUGUUUUGCAUAAAUGGUUAAUCAGACUAUUGGAGUAGUUUCAUUGAAUAACUUGUUGAAAAUGUUCCAUAAAUGCAAGAAUUUUAUUUUAUAUUUACAUUGUAACAUUGUUCAGUCUCAUAUUGCCUCAACUAAAAUGUUACGGGAUGUAACAAAAUGAGAAAAUCGGCUCUUGCUGUGCCAGUGAGACUUUUUCCAAAAAGUAAUUACAGUUCUAUUUAAAUGCAUUGCCAGCUGCUUUCACAGACUACAUCAGGCUAUGUCUCUCAAUUUUCAACAUAAGACCUAGAAAAAUGAAAUUAAUUUUGGCCUGAAGCAGCCAGACUAUUCAUAAUUAGCUUGUAGUGACAAUUG